UAGCAACGUCCAGUUUGUUGCGUCUUGCUUUAUAUCGUCCAUGAUAAUCUGACUUGUUUGUAUCAGUUUGAACCAUGUUACACGGAUUUCGACCAUUCAAGAACUCAGUGAACCAUGUGAGACAUCUCCGGAACAAGAUUUGUACUCGAGGUUUAACCAACAAACAUUGCGAAACAAGCAUCAGAAAUGGUGUUGGGAUCCUUAAAUUUGACACUCCGGGAUCUAAGGUAAAUGCUUUGAACGAAGAGUUCAGCUUCGAUUGUAAGGAAGCUUUCAUAGAGCUGAGAGAUAACCCAGAAGUUAAAAGUAUGGUUUUCAUGUCAGCCAAACCAGACUGUUUUAUAGCUGGUGCAGAUAUCAAAAUGCUUGCAGCAUGCGAGUCUAAAGAAGAAAUUAUGGAAUUGUCUAAAGGUGGCCAGGAGUUCAUGCAACAGAUGGAGGACUGCAAGAAACCAGUAGUGGCUGCUAUAGCUGGUAGCUGCAUGGGAGGUGGUCUUGAGAUUGCACUGGCAUGUCAUUAUCGUGUUGCACUGGAUACAAAGAAGACCUCUCUAGCUCUUCCAGAGGUAAUGUUGGGUCUAUUGCCCGGGUCAGGAGGUACCCAACGUCUACCACCACUGAUAGGCCUUCCUAACGCUCUACCCAUGAUGCUGACAGGCGCUGGAAAGAAUGCCAAACAAGCCAAGAAGCUCGGACUUGUGGAUUUGGUCAUCAAAUCAUUAGGUCCUGGUGUGAAAGACCCUAAAACUCUAAGUCACGAUUAUCUUGAGAGUUGUGCAGCAGAUGUUGCUAGGCAACUAGCUGACGGAACUCUGAAGAAACCCAAGAGACAAAGUCAGGAAUGUCUGUCAUACAAUCUACCCUUGAAAAAUAAGUAUGUGCGGAACUAUGUGUUCAAGACAGCGACAAAGGAGGUAAUGAAGAAGACACACGGUCUGUACCCUUCCCCACUGAAGAUCAUUGACUCAGUGAAGAACGGGUUGGAGAGCCCAUCUACUGGGUACGCCAGGGAGUGUGAGAACUUUGGAGAUUUAGCGAUGACUGACGAAAGCCGAGCUCUGCAGAGCAUUUUCUUCGGGAAGCAAGCUUGUGAGAAGAACCACUACGGAAAACCAGAAAGGAUGCCCCAAAACAUGGCCGUAUUGGGCGCUGGUUUGAUGGGUGCUGGCGUUGCUACUGUGAGUUUAGACAAGUUCCCUAAAGUGAUCCUGAAGGAUGUGUCGAUACCUGCUCUCAGUAAAGGAGAGGACAUGGUCAGAGAUGUCUUCCAGAAGAAGGUGAAGAGGAAGAAGAUGUCCCAAUUUGAUUGUGAUAAGCUGAUGUCAUCCCUUCACACCGAAGUUGAUUACAGUAGUUUCAAAGAUGUUGAUAUCGUUAUAGAGGCUGUCUUUGAAGAUAUCAACCUGAAACAUCGUAUCAUUAAAGAGGUAGAAGCUGCAACACCAGACCACUGUAUAUUCGCCAGUAACACAUCAGCUCUUCCCAUCGGCGACCUUGCUAAAGCUAGUGUCCGACCAGAGAACUUCAUUGGAAUGCACUACUUCUCCCCCGUGGACAAGAUGCCACUGUUAGAGAUAAUCACAACAGAUCAGACGAGCAAGGAAACCACCGCUGCAGCAGUGGAAGUGGGACUCAAACAGAAGAAAACCGUUAUUGUUGUAAAGGACGGACCUGGCUUUUACACAACACGAGUUAUUGGCGCCCUGAUGGGGGAGGCGUUCGCUUGUAUUCAGGAGGGUACUAGUCCUACUGAUCUGGACAAGCUGUUUGUUAAGUUUGGCUGGCCAGUUGGAGGUGCUACCCUUGUUGACGAGGUUGGUAUUGACGUGGCGUACAAGGUAACAAAGUACUUCCUGGAGGUGUUCGGAGAGAGGAUCAGUGCUGGAGAUCCCAGGGUUAUUGAGGAGUUGGUGGAGGCUGGUUGUUUGGGACGUAAGAGUGGUAAAGGAAUAUUCCUGUACCGCAGCUCCACAAAGGGCGGAACCAGACCCGUGAACCCUGUAGCACAGAAGAUAAUGGACAGAUACAAGAAAGAGGGACAAGUUGCUCCCCAAGGAGAGGACGUCCAGUGGAGGACGUAUCUUAGAUCAGUGAACGAGGCCGCUCUUUGUCUGCAGGAAGAUAUCAUCGCUAAUCCCGUUGACGGUAAUAUUGGUCUCAUAUUCGGUAUCGGUCACUGUCCCCAACGCGGCGGUCCAUUCCAAUUCCUCGACACAUACGGAGCACAAGCAUUUGUUGACAAGAUGAGGGGAUACCAGGAUUCUCUAGGUUUCAGAUUCGAGCCGGCUCAGAUUGUAAUAGAUUACGCCAACUCCGGCAAAAAGUUCAUGUCUAGUUAAUGUGUUACUAUCAACUCAUUUUUAAUUAGGUUAAUUUAUAAUGAUGCCAUGCUAAUUGUACGAUAUACGUUUAAAUGUUGUUUUUUCUAAUUCUAUUACCAUCUACCGCUUACAUUUUUGCACAAUAAUAUUCAUCAGUUGGUGUCACAUUUUACCUCAUCAGUUUUAUGAUAGUUAAGUGAAGAAUGUUAGGGCAUUUUCAAUUUGUUAAUCAUUGGUUGAGUUAUUUAUUCAGCUAAUAAUGUUCCAUCAGAUUGUGGCUAAACCAACUUUUGCUAGUUGAGAUAUUGUUUAAUUUCAAAAUCAAGUUCAUCUUGCCACAUUUCAUGUGUUCUUCAAAGCGAAGACAAAGUCCAUUCCAUUAAGUUGAUGAGUAAC